UAAACAGGAUCCAUUUUCUGUAUUGAAUCAUUUUACUCUUGAUACUUUCAGGACAUUUUGCUGUCGUUGUUCAUCAUCUAUCCAAUCAGAUGGUUUUGGUUUUACCAAUAUUUUGACAUCUAACUCGUCUCUGGUUCUUUUUUUAAUCAGUUCAGGAUGGACAGUAAACAGUGUUGUGUGAAGCUGUCGGUCCAGCCGUCCAGAGGACUCUUGGAUGAGAAGUUCAUUGUUCUGGUCCAGAGCGUUCCACCUGGUUUGCAGCUGACCGUCCACGCCCUCCACCAGUGUGAAGACGGGCACAGCUGGGAGGCGUUCGGUCACUACACUGCCGACGCCAGCGGGAAUGUGAAUGUUUCAGAGGAUCCCAGUCUGGGCGGAACAUAUUCUGGGGUUGAACCGAUGGGUCUACUGUGGAGCUUAACACCAAUUCCAGGCAGCAAACCUGGACUGAGGAUGAGGAAGAUGAACGUCCAGACUCCCAUGGAGGUCACAAUCUCAGUUUACCAAGGUCACCAGACUGAGGGGUUCAUGGAUCAGGUGGCGCUGGCCGGUGUGGUGGUGGAGCGCUGGUACAUUGCGCCUGGCGUCCGCAGGAUCCCGAUCACAGAGGAUGGACUCACUGCGACCCUUUUCCUGCCCCCAGGACCUGGACCUUUUCCUGGUCUCCUGGACUUGUGGGGCGGCGAAGGGAAGUUGCUGGAGUACCGUGCAGCGCUGUUUGCCUCGCACGGCAUCGCCUCACUGGCUCUUGACUAUUUGACACCUGAAAUAACCAUGGAAACCGGGAAGAUGGUGGACAACAAGUACGUUGAGGCGGCCUACAGAGUCCUGCAGCAGCAUCCCCAGGUCCUCGACAGCAGGAUCGCCAUGUUGGGCCUUUCGCUUGGAGCCAGUGUCACCCUCAAAAUGGCUGCUUACUCCCAAGUUGUAAAGCUCAGGUGUGCGGUGUGUGUAAGCGGGAGUCAUGUGCAGCCGGUUGACGGAUUUUUGAAAGAACUCUUGCUUUUCUGUCGUGAAAACGCUGGGAAGACUCGCUACAACGAGGAGAACCAGGUGAUGUUUAGAGAGCUGCUGCUGCCCAUCCCCACCGACCCCUCACUCAAAGUGGAUGUGGGACGACUCCAGUGUCCUCUGUUGCUGGUUGUAGGUGAGGACGAUCAGAACUGGCCCACCUACGAGUCUGCAAUGGACAUGAAGGAGAUGAUGGAGCGAGCGGGGAACAGCUACCUGCUGACUGUGCUGUCGUACCUGAACGCCGGUCACUUGAUUGAACCGCCAUACACGCCACACGCCAAAACCAGCACUUUUAACUCAGUGGAAUCAACUCACAGUGUGAUGGCUCUGUGGGGCGGAGAGACAUUGGCACAUUCUCGUGCUCAGGAAGACGCCUGGAGGAAGACGCUGGUCUUUCUGAGGGAGAAUCUGUACGCUACGGCGGCAGAAAACCCCCAGUGCAACCUCACUUUCACAGAGUUACAAAUGUAAUAUGUUCACAGGUUAGCCCCCUCCAACAUAUGCAAAUGCCCGCACUGAAUUUCUCAAUUCAGUUUCCAUUUUACAUAACAAAAACACAAGAUUACAAAAAUAAAAUUAUGCUGAACACAAAUGUUUUUUUUUUGUUGUGUUUCUGUUUUAUUUCUUGACAAUAUUCUCUUUUGUUUAUAUGAUAUACUUCUUCUGCAAAGUUAGUUCUGGCUAAUAAGUAUUUUGUUUAUUUGGGUAACAUUAUGGAUACUUGAGGUUAUUUAGGUAGGUAGACAGGUUUAGGACCAGCAUGCACCUCAGUGGGUUUAUGUUUUUUUCUCGAAAUCCCAUUGUUCCUCUAUUUGCUGCUUGUUUGGAUAAAUAA